UAUAAUCUUCACAAAAUGGCGGGUGUUCACAAAGAGGUCUUGAGAGCUGGGAGCGGUCCUACACCCCAAAAGGGCGCGACAAUAACUGUACAUUGUACUGGAUCUUUAAAUACAAAUCCACCCAAAAAGUUUUGGAGUACAAAGGAUCCAGGUCAGAAACCAUUCACAUUCCAAGUUGGAUUGGGGAAAGUGAUCCAAGGUUGGGAUGAAGGAUGCAUGACAAUGAGUAAAGGUGAAAUAGCCAAGCUCACUAUCCCAGCUGCAAAGGGUUAUGGAUCACGUGGUUUUCCAGCUUGGGGAAUUCCUGCAAAUGCUGAUCUCCUGUUUGAAAUAGAGAUUCUGUCCAUAAACUAAACAGACGAGCAGUCUGUCAUCCUUAGAUUAAUCCAUUAAUUGAUGUAUUGGCAACUUGUAAUGAAGUAGAAGUAGAUGUAGGUAGCAUAAGAGUGUCACGUGAAAGCUCUGCAAACAUUGUAAUACUAAGAACACUUACAUUUUUUGUUACAAAUUUUCAUUAUAAAUAAAUCAAUAUGUGAUGCUCAGAGAGCAACACCUAUUAAAGUUGA